AUGCUCUACGACCUCAACAUCCCGUGGUCCCCAACCACAUCCCCCGCCGACCUCGCCCGCACAAUCUCCUUCGCCUCCUCCCUAGGCUACACGGUCCUCGCCCUCAACCACACAAUAACGCCCCCGAUCCCUUCGCAAAUCACAAGCCCCCUACCAAAGUUCCCAUCACACUCAACAACAGCAACACCACCACCGCCAACAGGGACCCCAUCACAAUCCUCCCAACAACAACAAAACAAACAACCAACAAUCCUCCACCGCGCAACAGUAACCCUCUCAGACCCCUCCCAAAACUACCGCCUCCCAACCCUCGCCCUAGCCUACGACAUCCUCGCCGUCCGGCCCACCACGGAAAAGGCCUUCCAGGCAGCCUGCCUCUCCAUGGCCGAGCCCUCCCUCAUCUCCCUCGACCUGACGCAGCACUUCCCCUUCCACUUCCGCCCGAAACCCCUCAUGGCCGCCGUCGCCCGCGGCGUCAAGUUCGAAGUCUGCUACGCCCAGGUCCUCACUUCGUCUUCUUCUGGAGGUGGCGGUUGCAUCGGGCCCCCGCCCGACGCGAGAGCCCGCGCGACGUUCAUCUCGAACUUUGCCUCCCUCGUCCGCGCGACAAAGGGCCGCGGCAUCGUCGUCUCCAGCGAGGCGCGCGGCGCGCUGGGGUUGAGGGCGCCCAACGACGUGGUCAACUUGCUCGCCGUGUGGGGUUUGGGCAGCGAAAGGGGCACCGAGGCGUUGGGGGUUAACCCGCGCGGCGUCGUGGUCAACGAAGGGAUCAAGAGGAGCGGAUUCCGGGGCGUCGUGAACGUGCUCGAGGUCGGAGGGCGGGAGAGCGAUGUGAAGAAGAAUCAGCAGCAGGGGCAGGGGCAGCAGCAGGGGAAGAAGGGCAAGAAGCAACAAGGCGGCGGUGCAGGUGGUGGUGGUGGUGGUGGUGACAAGGGCAAUGCGCAGAAGCGCAAGACGCCUGAUGAGGGUGGUGAUGGCGCGCAACCUACAGUUAGCAAGAGGCAGGCAAAGAAGCUGAGGUUAGCUCUCAAGGAACAGGAAAAGGAGGCUUCAUAG